AUGUCUGGUUCUAAGCAUUUUAGCGAAAUAGAUUUCGACGGCAUAACCUUUUCAGAUGAGGACUCGAAGGGAGUUGAACUCCCCCACAACGAUGCACUUGUUGUUUCCAUGAUGGUGGCAAACGCUAAGGUGGACAAGAUCUUUGUCACCUCUGGCUUUGGACCCUGUCUUCUUUACCUUUCCACUCUGGAGAAAGUCUUGGGGCUCAGCCGGAACGAUAUUCUUCCCAUUAAACAGACUGCUAUGGGAAACUAUGGGGAAAAGACUGAAAGUAUUGGGACAAUCACUCUCCCUGUCACAGCUGGUGAUAGGCCCCCGAGAGUCCGUACAUUCAUGGUGGAUUUUAUGGUUGUGGACUGUCCUUCAGUGUAUGACGUCAUCUUUGGAUACAGAGGGCUGAAAGCAUUGGAGGCAAUUGUAUCAACAUGCCAUCUUUUACUCCGCUUCCAAACAGAUACUGGAGUUGGAGAAGUAAGAGGAGAUCAGAAGAAGGCUAGAGAGUGUGAGAAGGCUCUCCAGGAACUAGCAGAGCGCAAGGCCUCUCAAGGAACCGCUGGAACCAAAUGA